UUCAAAGUUAUAUAACAAUAUCAUACAUUUACAGGAAGUACAAAGAAUCGACAAUCAGAAUUAUGAGAAAUCUCAAAAGAAUGGAAAAGGCAAGCAAGGAAAUCAGGAAAGGUGAAGCAAAAAAGAAAGAAAAAGGGCCAAUAGAAGAGAAAACUGUGGAAAAAGAAGGACAAGAAGGAAAAAAAGGGACUGAAAAAGAGAAAAGCCCUAAAGACAAAACUGUGGAAGAUGUCUUUCCAAAGACAACAAAUGUAGAAGAAGGACAAGAGGGAAAAAAAGAGCCUGAAAAGGAGAAAAUCCCUAAAGAGAAAACAGAGGAAGAUGAGUCUACAAAGACAACAGAUCCGAAAGCACAAAUUGCACCUGAUUUUGUUCAAAUUGAGGAUGAAACUUAUCUUCUAGAUCAAGAUGAUGAUAAAGUUUCCACAAAACUUAGUGAGGAGACAGCUCCAUCAUCACAAAAAAGUGAUCAGUCAACCAAAAUGAAAACAAGAUACAAAAUGGUUGCAAGGAAAAACAAAAACAAAAGCCUUGUUGUUGUGCCAAGUGGUAGAAUUACAAGGAGCCAAGAUGUUCUGUUAGAUGAAUCUGAAAAGGGAAGCCUGAAGAAGGAUGUUGAACCUGCUAAAGAAACCGCAAAAAUAGGACAGAAGAGAAGAAUGUCUACAAGGACUUUUCCUAUUCAAAAGGAAGCUGAUGCACCACCUCCAGCACCUACUCCGAUAAAAAAAUUGGCAGGUGCUCCUGCUGAAUAUCCUCCAGACCAAGGCAAAAAGGGUAAAUGUUCAAUCUUAAUGUAUAGAAUGAUCAUUUAUGAUGGUAUAUCAUUAAUGUUCAAUUUCAAUAUAUAG